AACCAUUAGGUAAGCCAUCACUUGAACCUCAAAGAGAAUUCUUCUUAAGUCUCUUACUCAAAUUCCAUGGUUAUAGCAUUGAGCUGAGGAUUACUACAAUCUUAUACAAAUAAGGUUGCUAAUCCUUGCAGAGAAUAUUAUCAUAAUUUCAUAACAUCAUCAAAGGCACAUACCCAAGGAAUGAGGCUUCUCAUAUCGGCAAUAUGUGUCAUUGUGCUAUUUUCUUAUGCAGCUGCGUAUGAUCCUUUGGAUCCUAACGGAAACAUAACGAUCAAAUGGGAUGUUGUGUCUUGGACAGCAGAUGGCUAUGUGGCAGCGGUAACAAUGAGCAAUUUCCAAAUGUACCGGCACAUAAUGAAUCCGGGAUGGACAUUAGGAUGGUCAUGGGCUAAGAAAGAAGUUAUAUGGUCAAUGGUAGGAUCUCAAACAACUGAGCAAGGAGAUUGCUCAAAAUUCAAAGGCAAUGUACCUCAUUGUUGCAAGAAAACUCCAACAGUUGUAGACCUUCUCCCUGGUGUACCUUACAAUCAACAAUUCUCAAACUGUUGUAAAGGUGGAGUUGUAGCAGCAUGGGGACAAGACCCUUCAUCAGCAGUUUCAGCUUUCCAAGUUAGUGUUGGACAAGCUGGUACUUCAAACAAGACUGUGAAACUCCCUAAGAACUUCACUCUCUUGGCUCCUGGACCUGGCUAUACUUGUGGUCCUGCUAAGAUUGUUCCUUCCACCACUUUCCUCACCACGGAUAAGCGUCGCAAGACUCAAGCACUUAUGACAUGGAAUGUUACCUGCACAUACUCACAAUUUCUUGCAAGAAAGAAUCCAAGUUGUUGUGUAUCUUUGUCAUCCUUCUAUAAUUCGACAAUUACUCCUUGUCCUUCUUGUGCCUGUGGCUGCCAGAAUAAGAAGAAUUGUGUCAAGGGUCGCUCCAAAUUCCUAGACAUGGUAGGGUUACAUACUCCAAAGAGAGACAAUGAACCAUUGCUGCAGUGUACCCAUCAUAUGUGCCCCAUUAGGGUACACUGGCAUGUGAAGACUAACUAUAAGGACUAUUGGAGAGUCAAGAUUGCUGUUACAAAUUUCAAUUAUAGAUUGAAUUAUUCUCUUUGGACUCUUGCUGUACAACAUCCAAAUCUUAACAAUGUCACUCAAGUUUUCAGCUUUGAUUACAAGCCUUUGCUUGCCUAUCAAUCCAUAAAUGACACUGGUAUGUUCUAUGGAACGAAAUUCUUUAAUGAUCUGUUGAUGGAAGCUGGACCAAGUGGAAAUGUUCAAUCAGAAGUGCUUCUUCAAAAGAACAAGAAAACAUUCACACUCAACCAAGGAUGGGCAUUUCCUAGGAGAGUUUACUUCAAUGGUGAAGAAUGCAUGAUGCCUUCACCUGAUACCUACCCUUACCUCCCUAAUUCUUCACCUGUGAAUGUCCUCAACUUCCCAACAUUCAUUAUCUCAUCCCUUCUCCUGCUAGCUCUUUGGUGAAUGGAUACAUAAACCAGAUUGGAUUGACAUGUCAAAAUUUUGAAGCCAAGUAUUGUUAUCCUCGGAAUCCGCAACAACAGGUAUGAAGACUCUGAGGCAUUCUUUUAGAACAUCACAAGCAAGGCUUAUGAAUGUAUUGUGUUGAAUGUGUGUUGUGAUUAAUGUGCACUGGUAAGUAGCUUGAUGAUAAAUACAGCUCACAGCCAAGAUUUUUGACUUAUGUAAAUACUUGUUUUGCAAUGUUGUAACGUCUGCUAUUCUAUCUCUAAUACAAUGUUCAUGUUUGAAUAAACAACUUAAGUGUUUAUAGCAUAAACACUUAUCAUA